AUGGCAAAUAUCAAUAAGAAUUAUGCAAAAUUAAAGGAAAUAAGUACUUAUUUUACUGAAGAAACAUUAAAAAAUAUAUUGCAUAUUAUAUAUAAUGGAAAAGAAAUAAAUAUAUUAAGUUGGGAUUUUUUUUCACAAAAUUUUAAAGGAGACAAUUAUUUAUCAAUUAUUAAUAAAAUUAAAGUAACUAGUGCUAUUGAUGGAAAGGAAGUAGAAGUUAAUCUGGUGGUCAAAUCUUUACCAACAAGUAUAAGUAGAAGAAAUGCAUAUAGAAGUCCAGAAUUUUUUCGCAAUGAAAUUGCAUUUUAUACAAAGAUAGUUCCAAAAUUUGAAGAGUUUUUGAAAGAAAAAAAUCAACUUCAAUUAUUGUGUAUUCCACGUCAUUAUUCUUCUAUUAGUGAUGGUGACAAUGAUUACAUAGCAUUGGAAGAUAUUAGUGCUUCAGGAUAUAAAACAAUAGAUCGACGAAGUUGUUUUGAUAAAGAUCUAUGCAUGAUAAUUUUAAAAGCUUUAGCAAAAUUUCAUGCAAUUUCCUUUGCAUUAAAAGAUCAAAAAAAAGAGACAUUUAUGGAAAUUAUAGAGCAUGUAAAUGAAACAUACUUUAGUUAUAAACAUUGGAAUUGGUACAAAAAUUUUCAUAAACGACUGAUAGAUAUUAGUAAAAAUGCUUUGGCUAUGGAAUAUCCUGGUAGUCAAGCAGAAGAAAAAUUCAAUUCUUAUAAACCCAAUGAUUUAUAUCAAAAAGGAAUCGAUUUAUGCAAUCGUAAAUAUCAUUCAACAUCUGUUAUUACUCAAGGUGAUUCAUGGAUUCCAAAUUAUAUGAUUAAUAUAACAACUGAAAGGAAAGUUAUAAUGCUUGAUUUUCAAUUAGCAAGAUGUACUAGUCCAAUUUUAGAUGUUUCACCUUUUAUUUAUGUUUGCACUGAAAGAUCUAUUUGGUAUGAAAAUUUCAAUAUAUUAUUAAAAUUUUAUUAUGAUGAAUUGGCUAAUGCCAUUCAUUUACUUGGUUCAAAUCCUGAAAAAUUAUAUUCAUGGGAUACAUUUAUGAAAGAGGUAAAAAAAAAAUUUAUAUUUGGUAUAAUAUAUGCAAUGGAACUAAUCCCAAUGAGUCUAUUGGAUCCGUCAGAAGCAUUUGAAUUACAUGCAAAUAAUAAUACACAUGAAGAAGAUAUAGAUAUAGCUAAUAUAUGGACAUUGUCUAAUAUUAAAUCAAAAGAUGGAAGGCUCAGAUUAGCUUCUGUUAUUGUACAUGGUGUUCAAAACGGAUUUUUAUAAUUAAAAAAAAAAUUUUUAUAAUAAAAAAAUAAAUGCAUUUUAUACAUAACAUUUAUUAAAUGUAGUAUUAAAUAAAAUAGAGACAAUCUGUA